UACUUUAUAUUCACGUGUGUUUAAAUAAAUUGUUAAAUUUUAACAAAAUUAAAUAAAAAAUAAACAAAAAUGACGGAAAUUGUAAUGCCUGGUGAUCGUAUAACAGCCGCUGAAGAGAUGGCUAAAACAAAAAAAGUUAUUUUGGGACCCGGUCUGCGACGACAAGACGAACAAGUUGUGGCCUGCAAAGCCGGAACGCUACAACACAAAGAACCCAACACAUUUUGGGUGGAAAGCUAUCAACGGAGAUAUGUGCCAGUAAGAGGAGAAGCUGUCAUUGGCGUAGUAACUGCCAAGGCAGGAGAUAUCUUUCGCGUGGAUAUAGGAGGCUGUGAACAAGCCUCUCUUUCCUAUUUGGCCUUUGAACAGGCGACAAAGAAAAAUAGGCCUGAUGUGAAUACAGGCGAUUUGGUAUAUGCCCGACUUAUAGUGGCCAGUAAAGAUUUUGAACCCGAGCUGGUGUGUGUCAACUCGGUGGGUAAAAAAGGAAAGCUGGGAGUGCUUUCAGAAGGAUUCGUUUUCAAUUGCAGUUUAAAUUUAGCACGUAUGAUCUUAAGAGAAGACUGUCCGCUUUUAGCGGCUUUGACCAAGGAAAUGCCCUUUGAAAUUGCUGUGGGCUUGAAUGGACGCAUCUGGAUUAAGGCGAAGACCGUAAAAGAGACCAUAGCUGUUGGUAAUGCUAUAUUGGCGGCAGAACAUGCCUCCAAUGAACAAAUAGCCAAAAUAUGUGAAAAUAUCGGAAAUAUAUUGUUUACUUGAUUUCAGAAAUUUAAAAA